AAAAAUGUUUAUAUGGUAUACCGGCAAAAUAAUAUUUAAGUUAAGCCGAAAACUAAUCAUUGAAUCAUUUGGUUACCGUACUCCUCCAAACAACCUCGCUGCCUCUCGUCCACUGAAGCCCCACAACACGGCCAAAGCUUUUCACCGGCCCGGAUCGGCGUCGUUGCGGGUUGCCCUGCUGACUCGUGUACCGGUACUUGGCUGCCGGCUGCUACUUCGAAGAGGAAGAGAUAUUCGCUACUUUUUCUUCUUCUUCAGGGUAGACAUGUGUCCUUCACACUUGAAGAUAACCAUGUAGCCAGGAGGGGGCGGUUGAGUGUGUGGCAAGCAUUUACAAUGACGUCGUACAGACAGCUGCAGAGUGAUGAUGUCAGUGAUCAGUUUGAUCUGGAUUCCCAGCCAGAUGCAUUCAAACCUCGAGGAGAAGUGGAGGUACAGAUUGAACCAACCAGAGCCCGGACUAAAUCACGGGUCCGUCUCCCAAACACAAGCUGUACAAAGAAUAAAGUGAUCACUGUUUUAGUUGUCAUGCUCUUGAUACUGGUUCUUGUUGCAUCUCUUACUAUCUAUGAACUGGAUAAACAUGGUGUUCAGUGCCACAAUGAAGCACAGGAAAACAAAGCAACAACUAAUCUAACAACAGAGCCACCUACUACAGCAUCAACAUCUACGACGACUAAAGUAGCAACACCAGCUACCACGCAAGCAGUUGCAACAAAUGGUGAAACUUUUCCUUGGUCUGACAUCCGAUUACCCUCAUCUGCUAUUCCCUUUGAAUAUGCCAUAUUCUUACAUCCUAACCUUUCAAGCUUCGAAGUACAGGGCAAUGUUUCCAUACACUUCAACACAAAAGAAGAGGUAUCUUUCAUUAUCCUUCAUGCGAAAGACAUGGAUAUCCUUAAACCAGAAUCCAUAGAGUUAGUUGAUCAUCUUGAGCCAAGUGUAGAUGUUAAAAAGCUGCUCAUCAACAAGAAACAUGAUCAGAUAUCUAUUGAAUUUGAGAAACCUAUAGGAAAAGAUGUGCACUGUAUCUUGACAUUGGAAUUCAACUACACCUUAGCUGAGGGAUUGGAUGGAUUCUACAGGAGCUCCUAUAAAAAGAAAGGACAAUUAGUGACGAUGGCUUCAACACAAUUUGAGCCUACUUCAGCUCGGCAGGCUUUUCCAUGCUUUGAUGAGCCGUCUAUGAAAGCCAAUUUUUCCUUGAAGAUGGUCCAUGAUGAGGAUCAUAUCACACUCUUUAACAUGCCUGCACAAAAUACGAAUGAACAAUACAAGGGAACACUUUUCUUGGAUACAUACCAAACUACUGUUCCUAUGAGUACAUAUCUGGUAGCGUUUGUUGUAUGUGACUUCACCAGCAUUGAAGAUGUCACUAGUAGUGGCACUCAAGUUGCGAUGUAUGCUCCUGUUGAUCAGAUCAGCCAAGCAAACUUGGCUCUAGAAGUCGUCAACAAGACUAUUCCAUUCUAUGAAGAGUUCUUUGACAUAGCAUACCCUCUACCCAAACAAGAUAUGAUAGCAAUUCCAGAUUUUUCAGCAGGAGCAAUGGAGAACUGGGGAUUAAUCACAUACCGAGGAUCAUCAGUUCUUUAUAAACCCAAUGUCACAUCUACACCACAAGAAACAUGGAUAGUUGUUACUAUUACUCAUGAAUUGGCACAUCAGUGGUUUGGUAAUUUAGUUACAAUGGAAUGGUGGAAUGAUCUGUGGCUCAAUGAAGGAUUUGCCUCAUUUGUAGAAUACAUCGGAGCAGAUCAUUUUAGACCUGAAUGGCACAUGCUGGAUAAGUUCAUCAUAGAAACCACCCAUGCAGCAAUGGCCAAAGAUCAGAAAGCUUAUUCACAUCCUAUCAGAGUAACAGUCCAUGAUACUGCUCAAAUCAGUGAAAUAUUUGAUUCCAUCUCGUAUAGUAAGGGUUCUACUAUGUUGAAAAUGUUACAGAGCUUUUUAAUGCAUGGUGACCAGGACAUCAUGAUGCUUGGAAUCCAGCGUUAUCUCAAGCAAUAUCAAUUCAAAAAUGCUGUGACCUCUGACCUCUGGAAUGCCAUAUCAACGGUUGCCACGGAGAAAGGUCAUAAUGUGAAUGUUAGUGCUAUGAUGGAUACAUGGACACUUCAGAUGGGAUUCCCAGUUAUCAAUGUGACCAAGACAGGCUCUGUAACUCAACAAAGAUUUCUCAUUUUCCCUGAAGGAAAGGCCUCGGAUGAGUUCUCUACACAGUUUGGAUACAAGUGGACUAUUCCUGUUACAUAUUACACUGAUACUAACCCUGAAACCAAGACUGUUGUUAUGAAUCAUGAUCAAGCAAGUGUGAAUCUGGAUGUAGCAGGCGCUCGUAAGUGGUUCAAAGUUAAUAGCAAGCAAUCUGGGAUGUACCGUGUGAACUAUGACAAAUCAACCUGGAAAGCUCUAAGUGAUCAACUUGUGACUGAUCAUACUGUGUUUGGUGCUGCUGAUAGAGCUCAUUUAAUUGAUGAUGUAUUCAGUCUAGCUUGGGCUGGAUAUGUGAACUACAGCAUUGCCCUUGAUCUGUCACGGUAUCUUGUCACUGAGUCUGCAUAUGUUCCUAUACAAUCAGCCCUUGAUUCAUUGUCUUCUGUAGGAAACUUGCUCUAUGGGACUGAAGGAUAUUAUUACUACAAGAAAUAUGUGCUCAAUUUAUUUCGUGAUCGUGUUAAUGCUCUUGGAAAAGAAGAUACAGGAGAACAUCUUGACAGGUUGGCACGGAAGACUCUCCUGAGUGCAUUCAGACAUCUGGGUGAUAAAGAUACUUUAAAUUGGGCUUACAGAGAAUACCAGAAAUGGAUGGAAUCUGGCUCAACUACUGUAGGAGUAAACUUACAUCAUACUGUUCAGUGUGGAGGAGUACAAAAAGGUGGAAUUGAUGAAUGGGAAUAUGCUUGGAAUAAAUACCAGAAUACAAGCUCUCCAACAGAGAAAUCUAUUCUUCAGAAUGCCUUAGCAUGCUCACAGGACAUGGAUAUACUAAGCAGGUACCUGAUCUUUGCACUGAAUACUAGUAAGAUUCGUCAACAGGAUUCUGAUUCAGUGAUCUCAGAUGUUGCUUACCAACGAUCAGGGUCAUAUUUGGCUCUCAAUUAUGUCAUUGACCAUUGGGACCAAAUUCAGAAAUCAAUUGGUACGCAACCAUUUGUGAUGGAAAGUCUCAUUACUGACACAACCUGGUGGAUAUCUACACAGACUAAUUAUGAUUUGGUGUCUAGAUUCUUUUCUAGUGUUAAAGCUUUAACAGCUCAGCGUACCUUGAAACAGGCCCUCGAAGAUAUAUUGAUGAGAAUCUCAUGGAGGAAGAAGUAUGAAAAACAAGUCACUCUCUGGUUCAAGGAAGCCACUAAUCAAAGAUCAUAGUCAAAGUUGGAGACUUAACGAUAGAGCUGAGGUAUAAUGUAUUUACACAUUCUGUUCCAUCAUAUGAUUUUAAAAUAUCUCAGAAAUCUGGAGGUACUUCAAUUACAAUGUGACAAAAAAAAUUCACCAUUUUGGUUUAAUCUUUUUUGCCAUCAUCGAUGGUAGUUGUUGCUUGCACUUGUUUUAUUGAUCAUGUGACAUGUGAUUUGCUUAAGCUUUGGUGACGAGCAGUCUUCUAGAAGUUCAAAUUUAAGAAAAACAGACAUUAUUUGUCAGCACUACAAAAUCUAAGCUGAACAAAUUUAAUUACAUUGUCUUGGCUUAAUGAAUAAAAACAAAUUUUGGAGAUAAAUGAAGGGUAUGACUAAGGAUGAUUAGGUAUUAAAACCUCAUUUUUUACUACACAAUGUACUUUAGAUUACCAGCAACCAGGUAUUAUAUAUUUUCUCAUUAGUAAGUCAGAUAGCUGAGAGAAGAAGAUAAGAAGAGGCAAGCAAACAGGAGAGAGGAAAUUGUGGUCUACAACAUUAGUGUCAAAAUAUGAGCUUGAUACAAAAUAUGUUAGUAUUUCUUUAUUCUCUGAUAUUUAUUCAUGGGCUUGUCAUAAUCCAAUUGUAUAUGUAAGAAUAGCUUUAUGAAACUACCUCCACCCAUGAUUUCCUAUUUCAUCUGACAUAUUUUGUUCUUAUGUUCUAGCUCCAUGAAGUGUUAUUUUUAACAAAGUGGAUAGUAUUCUGAUGAUUUAACUUAGGUUAUUCCAGACUUAACAAAAACUUUAACAUAUUGAUCUGACUUCUUCAAUUUUCCUGAAAGAGACAAUGAAUCAAAUAAUUCAUUGAAAUGGUACCCACAUAUUAUUAUUGAUUAAACUUAUUUGAUAUUGCAUUUUUUAACAUCUUUUCCCUGCUGGCUUUAAAUAAUUUGUACUUGAGUAACUUACACUCCUUUAGAGUAUGGUUCAAGUUAACAUGUGGUUAACUGAACCAUUUAUACUAUCAGAUAUAAGAUUGCUCUUUCCAUCAUCAGUAAGGUGUCUUGUCAAUUACAAGAUUAUUUAAUCAUAACAAGGAAAGAAAAAAAAUACCUGUUUCCAAAUCACACAACUUUGUUGUAACAAAAUUGAUUUUGUAAUAAUAAUUGUAAUUUGAAUAACUUCAUUGUGGAAAAAAAAUUAUGCAUGGGGAAUCACACUAAUGGACAAGCAUGCAACUUUCAAAACAUAUCUCAAGUGUCAGUUAGAAAUAUUAGUGAUUUGAUGAAUGUUAAGGCACUCUUAAUGUAUAAUGUAUUCUUUGACCCUCUCGCACUUCUCCUGCCAGCCACUAUUAAUAUUUUUUUCUACAGGUCAGUAAGCUUCAAAUAUACCUUUUCCUCACAAGUGAAAACUCCUCAUAGUGGAUAUUCUCUCUGUUUAUACCAUUUUAUUGCCAGUAAGGUAGAAGAAAACACAUGUAAUGACACCUAGGCCCUCAAAUAUACCCCAUUCAAUAAGGUGUCAUUAAAUUUUGAAACUUGGUUUGAUUGAUUUUGGAUUUAUUUUGCCAAUGUGAUGAAUGAUAUUGAUAAUGCUGCCUUGUUUUUAUGAUAAAUAUACAAGCAAUCAUGUCCUCUCAACUUGUUUACUGUAUGAUACAUAUCUCAUUACAUCCUAUCAAACAAGAAGCAUUUUUACAGGUUAAUCUAGUUCACCUGUAGGGUACUAGAACCCUGCAACCACAUACAUGAUAUUAAGACAGACAUUUAUUGUACAGCAAAUCCAUUCUGAGGGAAAUCAACUAGUUAGCGAGUCUUUACAUGAUCAUGUAUGGUCAAUUACAGCUAUGUUAUUUUUAAGUUUGUUGUAUUAAGACCAGUAGUCAUUGUCAGUUGAAAUAAUAGUGUUUCAUCCAACUACGGUAUAAACUUUUCUCAUACAUUCCCAUAUUUCAUGCUAAUAAGUAACUUCUUUCAAAGGAAAUUCAUACAUUCCAUAUGAUAACCAUUUGUUUUAUCUAUUUUUAUUUAUUUAUUAUAUAUAUUUUUUUAUAUUAUUACAACAAGGGUUUCUAUAGCAGCCAGAAAGCCGAUUUGCAUAACCCUUUGCAAAAAUUUACAUAAAAAUACAUUCAACAUCAAAUCAAAAAGCUCAAUUUACAUGAAUUCUACAUCAUAACAAACAACAAAACUCAUAGAAAUGUUGUUUAUCAUGUUGGGGACGUAUGUGUUGAAUUAUGACAUGCGGCCAAAUAACAUAAAAACAAUAAGUUCUGAAUAAACCAGAAAGUAGCAAUGGAAGGAGGGAAAAAAAAACAAAAUGUGAGACUGAGAAAAAGAGGAUGAGAGAACGAGGAGGAAGGGUGGGAAGAUCGGGGGCAAGAGAGAGAGUGUGUGUGUGUAACAAUAAACGUCUCUACUAUCAUACCAUAGAGCUAUUAAUAGCUCUAUGAUCAUACCUUGAUCAUGGAAGAUUUGAAAGGAUCAGUAUAAGACGUACAUUAUUGGAGUUAAGCGGAUGCUAUGAAAUGAAGCAUACAAUACAUAAAGACGUUCAUAAUAUCAUAAUAUAAUUUAACAUAGAUACUGAUAGUACAUGCAUUGAGAGAUAAAAUUGUAUUUUAAAGUUGUAGAAAAUACUAACAGAUUAAUUCAAAAUUCACAUCUUAAUGGCAAGAUUCGUUUUUCUUUCCAGUAUUAACAUGAUUCAAAUAAUGAAAAGAUGAGUUCAUCAUCAUAAGUUUUUUUAAACAGAGCAAAGGAAAGGGAGAAGAAAAGACAAUAGAAUAGGAAUUAGAAAAAUAUGGAUAUUGAGCGAAAGUCAAAGAGAGAGAGAGACUAGGUAGAAGGAGAAAAGUAAAGAGAUGAACCGAGGUAGGAAAGUAAGACGGAGGGCAUAAAGAGAGAUUGCUAGUCACGACAGAGGGACAUGCUAAUAUUCAUUGAUUGUACUUCCUAAUAAAAUUUGACAUUUACUAAACAACAACAUUUUCUAAACAGUGUUU